AUGUCGGCGCAGAAAUACAUAAUCACUGUGGGCCUCGUGAUCGCCGCUCUACUGGCCAUCAACAUUGGAACCGCUACUGGCUUCAGUUCCCUUGCUGCUGCAAACAAAUCGCACAAUCUGAUCGUCGGCUACAGGUUGCCAGGUGACAGACUCGUAGUUAGACAGAGUAUCGUCAAGAACUCCUCCUGGAUGAGGAUCGUGACUGAAGAGAAGACCUUCAAUACCACGAGAUACGAACGCAUUACCCUUAUUCAAGCGCUCGAUCAGAAAACAAACGGCAAUGGUGCUUACGCGAGUAUCUUGAACGGUGGACCAGGACACACCAACUGUACCAUGAGAUUCAAGAGCCAGAGAGGUCAUGGUAUCAACUUCGUCGUCGAGGUUUACGCCCGCGCUUGA